AGGAAGCGUCGUCACCUUGGGAUUGGGAUUCGGAGAGUAUCUCAAAGAGUCCUCUACAGAAGGAUGUUGGUCCUUCAUCUAGGGCUGUAGAUCAAAAAGGAAGAAAUACAGCAAAUGGACAAAUAGAAGGUUCAUAUCAUGAAAAUUUGAGUUCUUCACCACACAGUGACAGAGCAUCAAAAGUAUAUCUAAAAGAAGAAUUACGGCAAGAUACGCAAAAGUUUAAGAAUGAGGUAGACAUGUUACAAGUAGAAUUACUGUCUGUGGAGAAAGAAAAAGGUCUGCCUGAAAAAGAGAUUUCUCAUAGCCAAGAAAGAGAAAAAGAUCUACUCCAUAAGAAUCGCAUGUUGCAGGAAGAACUUGCCAUGGUGAGAAUGGAGAGAGACAAAAUUAAAAGUCAGAAUGAAGAAAAUGAAAAGAAAUAUCUAAAGGACAUGGAAAUUAUGAAAGAAAAGUAUGAUGACGUUUACAUGACUCUACUGCUGAAUUUGGAAACAUUAACUAAAACUGUGUCUCAGUAUGGUGAGAAGCUUUGUGUUCUCACAGCUGAGAAUGCAAUGCUAAAAUGUAAACUGGAGAGUGAAACACAAAACAAGGAAAGACUGGAAGAAGAACUUGCCUCAUGCCAUUCCAGACUGACUGCCGCUACACGUGAUCUUGAUGAAAGUGAGACAUCAAGAAAACACCUAGAGCUUGCUUUCUACACAGCAAGACACAAGUGGGAUCACUUACAAGACAAAAUGAAUUUUUACAUGUCGAAUCUAAAAGAAAACAAUGAGAUUCUUUCUGAAAAACUUUCUAAAGCAGAAAGUAAGAUCGAUAGCCUGGAAACAGAGCUCCAUCACACAAGAGAGCUCCUCCGAGAAAAAACGUUGUUUUUAGAAGUUGUACCAAGAGACCUAAGGCAAACACAGCGCCAAACGAAGGAAAUAGAACAAACGUAUGGCAGUGACCAAAGCAAAGUGAAUCCACACAUGGGCAAGCAGGAAUCUCUAGAGCAGAGAUUCUGUGAACUACAAAGAGAAAAUAUGUUGCUUCAACAGCAACUACAUGCUGCUCACAACAAAGCUGCCCAGAAAGACGAGACAGUAACCAAUAUCCAGGACCAGCUUCAGGAUAUUGUGAAACAAAGUCAAGCUGGCAGUGACAAGCAAAGUCUGCUUCUAGAAGGAAAACUUCAGGAGCUCACCAAUGAAUGUGAUCGUUUAAAAGAAACAAUGUGUCAUUUGGAAAAAGAGUCUGCAGAAAGAACAAUUGAUCAACAAAAACAAGCACUGGAAUUUCCAUGUUCAAAAUGUGGACGUCAAUAUGCAAAGAAUCAAGUUGUUCAGCCGGAAUCGUUACCUAAGGAAAUAAUCCAAGAAAGAUAUGAGAAAUUACAGACAAAGAAUAUGAGGUUGAAGCAAGCAAUAGUAGACCUCAAAAAUUACAUGGAAAGGAAUAUGGUAGACCGUCAUCAAGCUGACCAGUAUAAACGGGAGAUUAAAGCAAAAGCCGAACAGACUGUUGCAGAACAAUUCAAAAAAAUCAAUCUGUUUUUGCAGGCCUAUGCAGCACAACGAGAUAAGAGACAAGAAUUAAGAGAGAAAGAAGUGGCUGCAGUAAAGCGUGAGAUGGAACUGAAAGUUAAAUUUCUCGAAUCUAAACUCCACAAAAUGAAAAUGUAUCAAGAAUUUGAUAAUGUUGAAUUGCAAAAGAUAAGCUACUCUAUGAAGUUAGAAGGAGAAGCUAAAAAAUCCUUGGCAUGUGGACCAGAAAUGUAAGUCAAAAUAUGAAAU